AUGAUAAGAAUUAUUUACAUUUAAACAUUUAUUAAUGCUUUAAUUUUAUUAAAAGUAUAUCUUCGAUAAACUCUUAUUGAAUGUAAAUGUUAUAAUUUAUUGAAAUUCCUUUUUUUUAUUAACAAAAAUGAAAGUUUAUUAUAUUAAUAAUUACCUUUUCCAUGCGAACGAGUUGUUUAGGACCCAAAUUGGUUNCUUUAUAAGAUUUCAAAAUCAUUACAAUAACCAAAAAAGACAAAAGAAUAAUAAUAAUUUGAUGAAAUUAUGUAAUUUAGUGAAACUAAAAGAAAACCAAAUAAAUCACAUGAAAACAAUUCUAUGAAUCAAUUAGAUAAUUAAUAAUUAAAUUAUUAUUCAGAAUUUUAGGCAGCUUUAAAUUAAUCUAAAUCUUAAAAAUAAAAUUAAAUAUAAAAUAGAAUUGCAUAAAAACUAGAAUUAGAAACUGAAUAUUAAAAUGAUGAUGAUUUUGGAAUAGUAUUAGAUGAAGAUUUUGUAAGUGAUUGA